AUGAGGCCAGCCCCGCUCGGGGAAGAGACCAAGUCCCCGAUUCCAAAAUCGGGGAAGGAUAAUAAGAGAAAAGGGGCUUCAAAACCCGAAGACCCCCAAGAUAAGAGGGCCCCUACUCAAAGGCAAAGGAGGAAACUCAUUCACGUGGACAUAGACUCAGUCAAUCAACUGAAUGAUGAAGAAGAAGACGAGGGCGAAGAAUCGGCGUUGGUGACCCGAGCCAGGAAACCAGUUGAAGCUGUCAAGCCCUCAGAACCGGAGACCCUGCCUCAAAGUGAGGAAACUCCGAAUAAAAAUGCAGGCAAAGACCCUGAAUCGCCUGAGGUCGAGAUCGUUCCUCCGCCUUUAACAAGCAUAGGAAACGAGACAAGUACCGAGAUCCCCGAGGCUGAAGAGAGCACCCCGAGUGAUAUGCUCGGGGCCAUGAAAAUAGGUCACUCUCCUCCUCUACCAGCUUAUUCUCAGGAGGCAAUAAAGGAAGCUCAAGCUCUGCAAACGCCUGACCCGAGCGCAGUCCCCGGUGAAGAAUAUCGUUUCUGGGAUUGUUUUACUGGGGUCGAUGACGCCGCCGACCUCAAUGACGCAUCUACCCUCUUCGAAGAGGCUCACCGUCUUUUCUCUCAGUUUAGGGCCGAGCUGAGCCAAUGUGAGGCUGAGCUCAAGAAGUCCUCGGAUGAAGGGAAGGCCCUGAAACUCCUUUGCAGCCAAAAGGAGGAGGAGCUCAAGGACCUUCGGGCAGACUUGGUCAAAGCUAGUAAAAAUAAGGCCGAGUUAGACAAGCAGGUAACUAUCAUUUUGAAAGAGUAUAGUCUACUUGACCCAACUGUGGAGGCUAACACUUCAGUGUCUCAGCUGCAGCAAAAACUGGAGAUGAUCAAGCAGCUUCAAGGGGAGGUCGAUCAAGUUAAGGCCGACUACAACCGGUGGAAGGAAUAUAUGGAUCGACUUGCUGCUGAGAAAGAGGCUACUCUAGCCAAAAUGGCCUCGAUUGAGACCCAGAUCCGGGGUGCUAAAGAGAAAAAUCUAGCCCAGGCCAAAAAGAUCGAUGAGCUCGAGGCCAAACUUGCCGCAACCGAGGCUGAGGUUGCUGAAGCAGGACGAGGUCAAGAAGAUGAAGGUUUCGACCUUACUGAAGAGUUAGCCCAAGCAAAAGCGCUAGAAGCCGAUACCAAGUUUCUCAUCUCCUCCUCCGAUGAUGAUGAUGACGAAGGCAGCCAAAGCGGGUCCGAUAAUGAAGUUAGGCCCAAAGAGGAAGCUGCUCCCGCGGGAGAGACCAGCCCUGGGCAUAGAUAA